UCUAACUCUCACACCAUUAACCAACUGGAACAGCGGUACUCUUAACUUGACCAUCCCCAUAGCAAAGCCCACCCAACAACAUGCAGAUGCUAUGGUUACCUGCACUUUAAUCUCGGCUGGAGGUUUACAGCUUUAUCGUACUUGUCAGUCGAAAGACUCGACACCAUUGUCUCCUGAUACCUCCAAACUAGGCCCAUGAGUGUUUGGAAACUACAGACUUUCUGAAACAACUAUGCUUGCGGUGGUGUACUUAGUGGCUCUGCGGCUGUUGUGUGAACAUCUGGCACUGGGUCAGGCUUGUAUUGCAGACGGGCAAACACUCAUCUGCCAGAAGAUACCGACAGUUUUCAGCCCCGGGUACUCGUCCCUGCUGGUGCUGAUCCCAGACCUGCUCUGGCUCAACUCCACCAUGCUCCACAGUAAGAACCUGGAGAACAUCACCCGGCUCACCGUCAAGGGCCACAUGACGGAGAUGGUGCCAGGGGCCCUGGCCUCCUUCCAGAGCCUCCGGACCCUCAUCCUGGACGAGAACGCCCUCACCCAGAUAGACCCGGCCUGGCUCAGCCCCGACACCUCCGCUGCUCUCAAGGUCCUCAGCCUGUCGGGGAACCACAUCGAGGUCCUGAGCGGGUCCACGCUGGGCGGGCUGUCUGGCCUCACCAAGCUCAACCUGUCCAGAAACCGGAUCCGAGAGGUGGAUCCGGCCAGCUUCCGCCCGCAGACCCACCUGGUGUCUCUGGAUCUGUCCAGGAACCGUCUGACCCGGGUGUCGCCCCAGGUGCUGGGCUCGGUCGGCACCGCCGUUUGGAGGCUGGCGGGGAACCCCUGGGACUGCUCCUGCGGGGCGGCGGACUCUGUGGACCUCAUCAGAGAUCUGAAAAACCGGUCGUUGCUGGAGCAGGAGAACGAGGUCACCUGCAGUACUCCAACUCACCUCCGGGGGCGACCUGUGUGGGGUGUGUCUGUGUGUGGGGCCACACCUUCGCCGCCAUCAACAUCAUCAUCGGUUUGGACGUCACCGCUGAUGACAUCAUCGUCCCCGGGGUCUUCCACUGCAGCCAGCCUCCGACCAGCGCCGCUGAACAUCCCCGGUGCCGAGCUGUACGGGCUGAUGGUGCCUCUGUGUGCUCUGCUCGGGCUCUUCUGCUUCAUGGGGGGCCUCUACGGGAGGAAGCGAAGGAACAGAGCCGUGAAGGCGGGACCUUCGGCCGAAGAGGACCCCAAUGAGGAGCGACCAGGCCAAUCACGGCAGCCGAGACCUCCCUCUGGGCCAAUGGAGAGAGACACCAUUCAAACCGUUCACUGGCACGCGGAUCGAGCCUCGAGGUUUAACUCCACGAACAUCAGGGCAAAGUCGGCCAAUGCCGUGCUGUCAACGUCGCCUUAUAGCGGCGUAUGGAAAGAUUCACCCAGAGGGGAAGAUUCAGCUGGGAAAGUUUCACCCGAUGGGAAAGAAGCACCCGGAGGGAAAGUUUCAACCGGAGGGAAAGAUUCACUAGGAGUGAAACUUUCAGCUGGUGGGCAAAAUUCACAAGGGGGGAAAGUUUCACCCGGUGGGAAAUAUUCACCCGGUGGGAAAGUUUCUCCCAGCUUGAAAGUUUCACCCGGAGUGAAACAAAGUGAGGCGGAUCACCUCCAGCUAGAGAAGACCCAGACCCCAGCAGAACCCGACGUCAGACUGGAGGUGGAGGUGGAGAGGGGGGGUAGGGGAACCAGUGCCCAAGAGGAGGGCCAGAGAUACACUGACCAGCGACACCCUCACGUCUCCGUCUACGCAGAGGAAACGCCCUACCUCAGUAUCGGGGACGUCCCGCCCAAACAGGAAGCUGACAGAGGUCCAGGUCAGAGGUCAAGGACUGGUGAGGUCAUGAGCAGGGUCUCCUCUUGGCCUCUGAGUGCAGCUCAACGCGAGGGCAAAGGGACCGCCGGGGUUCAGGGGGAAGGUCCAGAUAUUUGGACCCAACGCACCGGUCGUCAGCAACGAGAAAGCGAGCGUAAACUUGGAACGGAGAGCUUCUGGGAGCCUCGGGUAUACCAUCAUACGCCGACAGGGGGCGUCGUUAGUGAUUCAGGUGUCGUUUCUGUGACUGCCGACAAACGGGGUUACAGUGCAGCGCUCACAUCUUCAACUACCGACAUGUUGCCACUGGGGGGCACCAGUGGACGCAACACGGAUGUUGUUUCUCACACAUCGCCUUCUUCCUCACAGCAGGGCACCACUGAUGUCCGUGUGGAGCCGAGACGCUCUGUACCGAGUGCAGCGACUCCCGGAGCACUUUGUGAAGAAGAUUUAACAGUCGAUGACAAAACCUGCUCCAAACCAAACGCUGAGACGUUGACGUUCUCGCUGUUGAGUGGCGAGACCCACGUGGGUUCGAGUGAAGACGGUCACCGUGACCGCGGGGAGCCGCGUCCGCCCGGCCAGAGGAUCAGCGUUGUCGGCCGGAGGGGGCCGUCCACCGGUAGGGAUCAGGGAGCACCUGGAAUGGGGUACGAGGAUCUGCUCAACGAAGUGGUUCAGAACCGGGGCCGCUGGACCAGAGACCGGUGGAAACGGACUCAUCUUAACAAGCAGAGCCCCAAGCAGCAGGGGGGAGACGGCUGCUAGGGCGGUCCUCCGGUUGGAAGUUCAGAAUGAACCCACAGGUCAACACUGUGUUUUGAGCUUCAGGGCCCGGUUUUAGGUUAGUCUGAAAUUUGGUAUUUGGAUCACACUGAUCCAAUCCAAUGUUCAUUUAAAAACUGGCAUAAAAGUAAGACGGAUCAGGUGAUCCUGGAUGGCAAAACUUAGGAUUUCCUAAUCAGGAUCAAUUUGAUCCAGAUAAUUUUUUUUGAAAAACUGUGCCUAUUGUUAAAGGGCCAGUAGGCAAUAUUUGUGUAAAACAAUCAACUCAAACUAUGGAAUUACUCCCACUUUCCUGCAGCUAUCGGUGAAUCAAAUGUUUUGCAUUCAUUUGUUUUUAAUUGUACGAUUGGUCUAGUGCUCUGAAAUGGUUCAACCGCCGACUUAAAACAAUCAAUUAGGGCUGGUUUUGUAGCUACUAAUCAGGAAAUGUACGAUGUUACUAAUCAUGCACGAUUGGAAAUUGUUUGGUGGGAGGGGUUUAGAGCAGGGGGGCGUUCGUUAUUUGGGGUGGGAGUGGCUUAGGGCAGGGGGGCGUUCUUCGUUUCGUUGUUUGUUUUUGCCUGCUGCUCUAGUGAAAGCAAUAUUUGCCACAAAAAAGCUUUAACAGGUAUGAUGCAUAUUUAGCAAUCUUGGUGUAAUUAUUGUUGAUUAUCUUUGACUCUCCUGUGAUUUAUAUAUAGGCAUUUAAAUGAGUAGCAUGAAAACCAAUCAGACGCCAAUCAAAACCACACUCAGAUCUAUUCACUUGAUGAUUUUAAUGUUGAUCAUGUCACUCGAAGGAGGAAAUACAUAAAAUAUCAUUUUUUGUUCAA